GCCUGCAGUUAGAUCGGGUCGAAGAGGUUAUUGCCUCAUAAAAGCAGCCCCGCGACCCCACACUUUCUUCUAACUUGGCAGGAGGGACUUGCAACAGGUGUGUCGCGUGACUACCAAAAAGCUGCUGAAAUCAAGAUGAAGCUUUUGAUUGUUCUUGUUUGCGUCGCCGUGGCAACAGCCACAGAUAACGAAUGGGAGGCCUUCAAACUUCUCCAUGGCAAACAAUACAAUGAAUACGAGGAUACUGCCAGACAUGCAAUCUUCUUGGAGAACAGCAAGAUCGUGAAGCAGCACAACGAGGAGGCGGCCAUGGGCAAACACACCUUCUUCAUGCGCAUGAACAAGUUUGGCGAUAUGACAAACGAAGAGUUCCAGAUGCUGGUGAUCGGCUCAGGUCUGCUGCAGUCCAACAGGACCCAGCAAGCCGAGGGGGGAGUGUUCACGAGCGUACCGGGGCUGAAGGUGAACGACACCGUGGACUGGAGGCAGCAGGGCGCGGUGACGCCAGUCAAGAACCAGGAACAGUGUGGGUCCUGCUGGGCGUUUAGCACGACCGGGUCUCUGGAAGGUCAGCACUUCCUGAAGUCAGGCAAGCUGGUGUCUCUCAGCGAACAGAACCUGGUGGACUGUUCUCGCAAGGAGGGUAACAAGGGCUGCAAGGGCGGUCUCAUGGACCAGGCUUUCAAGUAUAUCAAGACCAACGGCGGCAUCGACACUGAGGAGUGCUACCCCUACAAAGGAAGGGACGAGCCCAGGUGCGAGUACAAGUCCAGCUGCAGUGGAGCCACCCUGACCAGCUACGUGGAUGUCAAGACCGGAGACGAGGACGCCCUCAAGCAGGCCUCCGCCACCAUCGGGCCCAUCUCUGUCGGCAUCGACGCUAGCCACCCCUCCUUCCAGCUGUAUGACCACGGUGUUUACCACGAGAAGAGGUGCAGCUCUAAGAAGCUGGAUCACGGUGUGCUGGUGGUGGGAUAUGGUACUCACACAACCAAGGACUACUGGCUCGUCAAGAACAGUUGGGGCAAGGAGUGGGGCAUGGAAGGCUACAUCAUGAUGUCCAGGAACAAGGAUAACCAGUGCGGCAUCGCAACUCAGGCCAGCUACCCUGUUGUCUGAUGCAACGAAUCCUGUAUCGUUCACCUGUAACAGUAAUAUUAGGCCGGUCGAUAUGGACACUGUAGUUGGACGUUGUAUUUACUUCCGUGUCAAUUGGCAUUACGAAGGGCUUCAUGUUUAACAUUUUAAUAGAACCUUUUACUUUACUGUACCCACACCGUAGUAAGAGAAAACUUGCCUUGCACGUUAUGGGGAUGGAAUAGUACUUUAUGUACAGUAGCUCAGGAGCUGCAUGCUUUUAAAGUUACGUGUUCAGCUGUUGUAGAUAUCCUCCAAGCCUCUCCGAGAAAGUACAAUGUUCCGUGAAAUACACAUUAUUACUUGUUCAACCAAUAAACAAAACAUUAUACUAUUGUA